AGUUGAGAAUCAGACUUAAAUAAGAACGGUGCGAAAAAUUAUAGCGGAGUAGCUUCAAUUCAGAAACGUGACAAUCAAAGUGCUGUGAAUGAAAUUUUGCAACAACAAGUGCAACAUCAAACAAUAUGUUUGCAAACAAAAAAGGCUCGUCUGAAUAGAAGUGUCCCAGUCGAAGGUGUCAUUCUAAAUUAAAAACAAUUUAAGCUUGAAUCUGAUCAAGUUCUCCGUCACUUGAGUGCUCGUGUGGUGGAGAGUAGUAGUCCACUGUCGCAACUUAUUUCGAGCGAACAAAAACUAAAAAAAAGAAAAAUAAGAAAAUCCCGAAAGUAAAGUAUCCUAAACGUCAUUACCAGCACAAGAUGUUGUGCGCGAGAAAAGGCGAUUGUUGAAGGCAAACACAAUCAUCGCAUAAUCAAAUUUGAUAACACUGAAAAUAAAUUGAAUUAAGUCAAGAGCGGUGAAAUAAUUCGGUGGACGAGAAGCACCAGACAUUAACUAUCAUCGCCCCAGACACAAAGAACGGACGCAGAAGCCUGCUCACACAUAUACUAAAAUGUUCUUCCCUAAUUCCCACAGCCGGCGUUUCACAACGUUAUUCGUAUUGGUCUUGAUUUCUCAACUCGUGACGAUAAUGUCGGCGGCAGCCGUAAGGAAUGACAACAAUGACUUUUGGGAUAUGGGCUCAUCACGACCGGAUGAGAAUCCCUCAAGACUGCGGCUUUGGUUGACUAUUAGUGCACAGAAAAGAUUCCUGGAGAUAUCGUGGGUUAAUGCUCCAGCCUUGGAGGAUGAUCGCAUUAUGCUUACCUCUGGAGAGCCAUAUAAUUUUGAGAAACUGAAAUACAUAGCAACAGACAAAACACCUAUGGCUGAAUUCAGUAAAGAAGAGGAUGACAUCUCCAAGGCCCUCGAUCAAGAAGAGGAGGGUAGUGGUUUCGGUAAUGAGUCUUCUACAACGCAGCCAGCCAUGGGAGAGUCCGGCUAUUAUGCUAAUGAUAUUCACUAUUGGAUAUCAAAUAAUGGCACCAACAAAAUCGUGGCUGCCUUAACACCAACUGCCAGUUCUCUAUGGUUUACCACGGGUGUUCCCUUCGAUUAUAGCCUUUCGAAAGCUGUCACCGCCCAAACUUCCUGUUAUGGUUUUUGGGCCACCUAUAUUAAUGGCAAUGGCACAAUACUGGCCUCAACAUGCCUUCAUGCCUAUCCACGUUGGAUGAAUGAAAUGAAAUCAACUAUUGGCCGUUUACGCUUUCGUGAUCUUUUUAUACCUGGCUCUCAUGAUUCUGGUUCAUAUCGCUUGAAUUUUAAUCCUUUGCAUCAAGAGAAUUUAGUCACAAAAUACUCUUUAUGCCAGGAUGAUGACAUACGGGGUCAAUUGAUGCAUGGCAUACGGUAUUUGGACAUACGAGUCGGUUAUCAUCCCAAUACACCAGAGCUAUUCUUCAUCAACCACGGCAUUGUACGUCAGAGGCCACUUGUGGAGAUUAUCGAUCAGGUGAAAGAGUUUGUGGAGGAGACCAAUGAGAUCAUCAUCUUUGGCCUCAAGGAGUUUCCAGUGGGUUUUGGUAAAAAUUUAACUGUUCAUCACAAAUUGGCGCAUUUCCUUAAGGAUCAUUUUGGCGAACUUGUUGUUCAUCCUUCAGCAACAUGGCGGGCUACUUUAAAUGAUAUUUGGUCUCGUAAACAAAAUGUUAUCCUAGCUUAUGAUAAACAGGAAGUAGUACAACUAUAUCCACAUCUGCUAUUUGGCUCGGUGGAGCAAAGAUGGGGCAAUGUUCAGAAAUGGGCCGAUUUGGAAGCAUUUUUACGUGCCAAUAGCGACAACGAUGUAUCACGAUUAACGAGCAGACCAGUUGCCGAUAUGGCUGAGCUUACACCAAAAGCAUGGGAUGUUAUACUCAACAAAUACGGUGGACUUCGCAAAAUGGCUGAUCGUGUCAAUUGGCGGGUCUCACAAUUGUAUGCCAAUGAUUUGGCAGCAAAUGCAAAUAUCGUUGCGAUAGACUAUUAUCGUGGUACCACAAUUGUUGAGACCGCCUUGGAUUGGAAUAAAAGAAAAAUUGUAUUUUAGUAUUGACAAAAGAACAAAAAUGUGUAAAUAAUGUAAAGUAAUGAAAAUAUUUUUAUACAUAAAAUGGUUUAAAACAGAA